CGAACAUGUGAACAAUAACAACGAGGCCGAAGAGAAAAUUAAAGUAGAUAUUUGUUACAGUGUUGACAAUGCUGACGCCGAAAUUCUCAAUUACUCAAGAUGCUGACUUCAUCUAUAUUCUCAUUAAAGCCCCGCAUAUUAAACUUUCUGAAACCGAUAGUUAUGUAAAUGACGACGAGUUUUAUUUCUACUCGCAACCCUACUAUCUGCGAUUACAUUUACCUGGUUGUAUUCAGGAUAAUGAACAGUCCACCUCACAAUAUGAUGUUGACACUGGUCAGCUAACAGUGCGUAUUGCCAAACAAAAUAAAGGAGAACAUUUUGAUGGAUUGAACUUAUUAACUAAACUGCUUACCCCUAAAAAGGGUAAAGAACUUCCAGAAAUUGAAGUUGUUGGACCAGUGAUCGGAGAAAACAACAGUGGAGAAAGUGAUGAAGAUGGUGAAAGCAGUUGGUUUUUAGAACAAAUACCAAAUGAAGAACCAGAACCUAUUGCUAGUCUUGGUUUAAAAGACACAACAUAUGGGUUUGCAAAUAAAAAAAGAAAUACUUUAAAUCAGAUAACAACAGAAUUGACAGAAAUCAUAGACUUAAGAGAUCCUGAUAACACACCUCAACAAGUAAGAAGGCAGCUGCGGGAGCAGCAGGAACUAGAUCUUUUUAAUUGUGAACAUUAUCUCGCAGAUUUCUUUGAUGAUGAAUUAAUUCAAGAACUUAUCAUCCCAGAUUUUCCUGAGCUUACAGGCACUGUAGGUUUGGCGCCUGUUUUAACGGAAAAAGAAACAGAAAAGCUUCUACAACUUCCCCGCAGAGAGUAUAUUAUUGAUAAAACAGAUUUGGAGCCCGUCUAUUAUAGUCUUGUUGAUUUGGUUUUCGCCUAUGCCUAUAAUUUUCGUUUUACUAAUGGAGAACAAAAUGUUGAAUCUGACUGGACAGUGUGCAAACUUAGUGGAACACUUUCUUGGUUAGAAUCCUUUCAGAAUAUCAAAGAUGUUGUUGUGAGCUGUGCUCGUCGAUCUGUUACUUUUCCACUUUACCGCAACUGGAAACUGUUUAAUCGAGUUUUAUCAGACGUCAAGACAAUUUUCAACGUUGGAAAAACUCAGAUUCUAAAAUGUUUGCUAGGGAUUCAUUCCAUUCUCUCUGAGAGUGAUGUAAGGCAUCCUCUCAACAACUUGUAUAUCACAGAUUACUGUAUUUGGGUGCAGAGUGCAGACUCAAAACGCUUUGAAUUGCUUGCUAAAGCCUUGAGUGACCUGAACAUUUCAAAAUCUGACUUAGGUCUAAAUCUUGAUGAUAUGGAGUCAGAUGCCAAGAAGUUGAUAGAAGAAAAAUGUCAUGAAUCGGAGACCCACGGUGAUGACAUUGCACACAUUUUUGACAAUGUUGUCAAACUUACUGAAGCUGAAAUUUCUGAUAGUGAUGACUGCAGUGAUAGUGAUGAAGAGACUGAUGCCAGCAGCGAUGAUGCCAGCUCUGAUGAUACAAGUGAAUCUCCUGAGCUUUGUACCGCUAACAGUGAUUCUAAAUCAGAGAUUUGUAAAGAUAAG